GCGCUGCGCGCACUUGGAAAAAGCGUGCGGUUAUAUAAACUGCCUAAUGGCGGAUGGGAUAUUUCCGCAGAACGAGUGAAAAGUAAGCGCAGGGGGAUCGUCGAGCGAGAGCGGUUUAGUCGAAUUUUUCACUCGGUCUCAGGCCAACCUCUCCCAAAAGAUGGGUUUUGGAGACUACCCCAAGGAGUACAACCCCGCCAUACACGGAGUCUACGACCCUGCCCGUUACUACGGCCCGAGGGACACUCCGUUUGGCCAGGUGAAAGUUGGUGAACUUGGAGCAUGGAUUGGUCGUCGUAACAAGAGUCCACAAUCUUUCGCUGCUCUUUGCUCAAGAGCGUGGUGGCGUUGGCAACACAAGUACGUGCAGCCAAAGCGUACUGGAGUUGCUCCAUUCUUCCAGCUGACUUUUGCUGGAAUGGCACUCUUCUACUUUCUUAAUUACGGACGCAUCAAGCACCACAAGAACUACAAGUACCACUAAUCUGUAUGUCAACGUAGCUCUACAAGUAUUUUCAGCAACUCAAAGAUUCUGUUUAAUACUAUUAUUGGAAAAUAUAAACCAUUAAUCAAUAAAGUGUAAUACAGUUUAAAUUAGCAUAAACUGUUCAAAAAUUCCUUUUAAAAAAUCAAUAAAAACACCUUGAAAUGUGAC